GCCGAUAAACCUGAACGAGAAGAAGAAGCAAAGCCGGCGCUGACUGCUGAGAUCAGAGCAAAAACAUAUAGAUGCUGUAGACCAUAUUAGCGAAUAAUAAUCAUUAACUGUGAUACUUCACCCAAUUUUCAGCCAUGGAGUUGUCAGAAAUAUUGUACAACAAAGCGGAAUACAUUGAGACGGCUUCUGGCAACAAAGUGAGUAGACAGUCGGUGCUGUGCGGGAGUCAGAAUAUCGUCCUCAAUGGCAAAACUAUUGUAAUGAAUGACUGCAUUAUCAGGGGAGAUCUGGCUAAUGUCAGGGUGGGGAGACACUGUGUGGUGAAGAGCCGGAGUGUUAUUCGACCACCUUUCAAAAAGUUCAGCAAAGGAGUGGCAUUCUUCCCGCUACACAUCGGAGACCACGUCUUCAUUGAGGAGGACUGUGUGGUCAACGCAGCACAGAUUGGUUCCUACGUCCACAUUGGCAAGAACUGUGUAAUAGGUCGUCGGUGUGUGUUGAAGGACUGCUGCAAGAUCUUAGACAACACCGUGCUUCCUCCAGAGACAGUGGUGCCUCCUUUCACCGUCUUCUCCGGAUGUCCAGGCCUGUUUUCAGGAGAGCUCCCAGAGUGCACACAGGACCUGAUGAUCGAUGUAACUAAGAGCUACUACCAGAAGUUCCUGCCCCUCAGCCAGAUCUGAAUCCGAAACAUCCCAAACCCGCGAGCAUCCUGUGUCCAGUCAGCUGCAGCCAGACAUCGGAGACUCUCGUUAGAUGCAAACGGACUCUGACAGCUCACCUUCUAUCCUCACUGCCCCAAGAAAAUAAUCUGGUUUGAGUCCUUAGAUUAUUCUAGUAAUAGAGUUUAAGAUACACAGCUACAGUGCAAGUCUGCAGCUACAAAUUGCAGAGAGAAUCCAGAAAUACUGUAAAGAUGUAUCGUUUUUCCACACUACAGUCUAAUAAUCUUGAAUCAAACUUUUCCCUAUUUAAUGUAGUCUGCUUGUGUCGGGGAGAAACCCAGGGAUCUCUGCGUGGCCGCUGAUAAUCAGUUUCUGCUCUGUGACUCUCUGACAGCAGCUACAGGUGACGAUGAAGAGGUGGAGGCACAGUGAAGGAUGUGGGAACACAGCUUGUAAUGUUUUACACCCACGGACCAAAACAGCAGCAACAGUACUUUGAGGAUGUUGGCUUUUCAUGUGCAUCAUUCAUGUCCACGGUCCAUUCAUACGACAGAGUAGCACCCUCGAUAAAGAAAGAUACUCUGUUGUUGUUUUUUUUUUUUUUUUUAACGUUAAACGUGUGCUUGCUUUUUGUCAAAGUAUUGUUAAAUUGUCAAAGUAUUUAAUUUUGAGUGGAGGUUUUAUUAAAUGGUGUUUCAUACAAACACUGUUAAUUUCAAUGUUGUCAUUGCAGGACAGACCACUGUGCUUUGCUUCUGUCCUUUUCUGAAUACAUAGCAGCCGACAUCUGAAAUACCGAAGCAUAUAAAUAAAUGUCAUUGCUUGAAAAUA